UAAUGGGUUAGUUUUAAAUAGGACUUUAUUCAAUCGGUAUAACUGACGCAUAGUCUAUGAAUAGUUGAUAGUUCAGGCUGUGGUCGUCUUCAAUGAGGAGCUUCUAACAAAGCCCAGGCGAAACUCCCGAUGCAGCAGGACCCAGUCCAUCCUCCGUCCGCCUCUGGCCGCUCAACUCUCGGAAAUGCAGGCGCUGUGAGCAGCAUUGGAAUGCUGUCGGUGCUGUGGCGGCCCAGGGACGCCCGGGAUUUGAACCUGUGGCUGUUGACGUGACGCCGUGCGGAGGGCGAGCGGACCGUCGCCAAAUGCUGUGCCUGCACUUGUCGGUGGCCGGGCCCCGGGGAUCUGCGGCGAACUGGGCUCUCCCGGCCCGCGACACCGGCGAGCGGACGGCGGCGGGAGUGAGCAGCGCAAAGCCGGCGGAGCGCCCGGAAACUCCCGGCGCGGACGGGGAGCCAGCGCCCAUGAGGAGAGAGGGAGAUUCUCGCCGGAGUCACGCCGGCGCAGCGGGAACUCGGGCGGGAGAGCGCGGCGAGUCCCCCGCCGAAUUUUCCGGCUACGAGACCGCCGUGGGCUCGGAUAUUUACGAGAGUUUUAGCGACAGCGACAGAGUCGGAUCCGGUGGGCGUAAGGUCGGCGGAGCCCGGCUGGAGGGGAACUCGGGCGGAGGGGAGAGCGAGUGCACCGAAAUUUGGGCGGAUUUGGCGGCGGCAGGCAGCGACGAGCUGCAUUUUAUAACCACCCACCAGAUCCAGCUGUUUGAACUGGACCAUGACGGCGACUGUGAGUUUGCGCUGGGAUCUUCCUGUGCGCUGGCGGAGAGCAGCGCCGCUUAUUCCUUCCUGGACAGCAGCUCCCUGGAGAGCGACGCCUCGGAGGAAGGCUCGCUCACCCCUCAGGCUCCGGCUUCCGCCGAAGAAGCGCCGGCGGCUCCGGGCGCAGCGCCGGCGCAGGAAUCGGCGGGAGAUGAAGGUGCCCGGCGGGAGGGCACCGGCGGGGGGCACGUCCACCUGUCGAUCCGGGCCAGCUCCCGGGCGGUGGGCGAGACUCGCGGCGAGGAGCGGGAAGCUUGCGCCGGUGCGGCGGGAGGUCGGCGCGGAAACUCGGGCGCUCGGAGAGCGGAGGCUGAGCCGAGCCGCUGCAGCUCCAGCGCAGUGAGUGAGCUGGACGAAGCGGAUAAGGAAGUUCGCAGUCUGACCGCCCGAAGUUUCCGCAGCCUGGCGUGCUUGGGCGAUGAGUAUCUGGACACUUACUGCUCCGGUAAUAGAUCAACCGAUUUGUCAUCACUGUCAGAGGGAAGUAUCGGGUGUAGCCGCUGGGCACAGUAUGUGGAUGCCCACUGCCGCAAAUCAAUGGGCAAGACAGAUCGCGGCGAAUUUCCUGCAGAGACAGCAAACGGCAGCGUGAGCGCACCCAGGGAGGACACCAGGAGUCCAGAGGGAGGUCCCGGGGAACUACCCCCGGAGGGAGAGGGGCCACAACCCGCCAGCGCCCCCCAGGAACACUCGGCGGAGCGCCCCGGCGGCAGCGAAGGGAGAAGCGGAGAAGCGGCGCAACUGGGCUCCAGGGGCAUCGCGUCAAGGGAGACCGUGCAGCUCAGCUCCGAGCCAGAGGGACAGCGGCAGCCCCCGGGAGGCUCGGGUUCCGCCGAUGGCCUGACGGACACAGCGGCGGGGGCCGGCAGCCGGGAACGGCGCAGGAGCGGCGCGGAGAUGGCGAAGCCGCAGCGCAAGUCGAAGCUGGCGUCCAGCCUCCUGCAGAACAUCAUCUGGAAGCGGAUGCAGUUCGAGCAGGAGCUCCGCAUGGAGAGGGGCGAGAUUAGCGACACCACGUCCCCGGGGCGCGGCUCCAACAGCCCCCCAGGCCCGGAGCUAGGCCAUUCGGCCCGCAGCAGCCUGUUCCCGAGCCAGCGCAGCGCUUUCCGGGCCUGGCCUGACGCCGGCGCCAACUCCGCCCGAGCGGGCCAGAGCAUCCGAGCGGAAAUCGCCCAGAGCCCGGGCAGAGACACCAAGAUGUCCCACCUGUUCGUGCCCGGGAUCCAGCGGGCACCGCCUGGCACCGAGCCCAGGAAAGCCUCCCCCCAGCCUCCCCGGGGCCGCCUGCCCCCUCCCAAAGGGGCAGCGGAGGGAGAGAGCGCCGCCGUCCGCUCGCCAGAAAUCCGCAUCAAGGUGCGGAGCCGCCGGAGCCCGGGACCGGGGGCGGUUCCUGAGGUCCGGUGCCAGCCGCUGAUGUUGGCGGAGGCUGGCCAUGAGGAAGGGGGCAGGACCAGGGCUCAGCACUUUACCGUCCGGGACAUCCGCGACAACAUCCAGAGGCUGCAGGCUCCACUCCACCGGGUCCGGGACGUCCGCAAACUCCUCAAGAGCUCCUACCACAUCGUUACCGUGCACGGUGGCACCGUAUCCCGGGAGGAGAGGGUACCACCGCCCCCAGCCCUCGCCAGCAGCCCCUCCGUACCCAUUGUCAUCAAGUGCCAGGCAGUCAGUAAGAAGCAGCUCCCCAGCAACUGGAAGUCCAGUGCCUGGGCCAGUGGUGGUGGUGGGAGCCUGCAGAACGCCGUUAACGACAGCGCUUUGCCACAAGCGCCGAGCCCCGGGUCCCCGGACACCGCAAUGAUCACCGGCUCCAGGUCGGUGCCCAGGGCCAGCCUCCCGGUCCCCGGCGCCGGGAGAGCGGCAGCGAGCCCUCCCACCACCGGAGGAGCAGCCCCAGGACUGGACAAGGUGCUCGGUGCCAGCUGCCAGGCUGAGGCGAGUAAGCGGUUGGCACUGGAGAAGUUGACGGCGGCCGUGAAGAGUAUGGAGCAGCUUUACGUCUUCGACCGGAACGAAUGGAAGCGCAAGAGUGAGGCGGUUCCCGGUACCGGAGCCCUGGCCGGGAGUCACGUCCUGUCCCUGAUCGCCAGCGAGGAGGCAUCGGGCUCCGACCGCGAGGCACCGGCGGCCACUCAGGCUCCCGAUCCCACUCACAAAACCGAACCCUCCACCACCGCCGGUAUCCCCAAGAGCCCCGGAGCCGCCGCCAAGUGCACAGUCCCGCAGCUCUUCACCGUGGCACCGGUGAGCCAAGCCCCCGCCAGGAGAGAGUUCAAACCGGCAGCCACUGUCCGAUCCCCGCCGGUGCAGCCCGAAGUGCGCUCGGUGCGGGCCCCCCACCGCCCGUCGCUGGAGGAGAGCGAGAAAGUGGCGCAAAAUGUGGCGGAUGCCCGGAGCGGCCCUCCGGCAGAGUUUGAGAACUACCUGACCAUCCCGAUCAAGCAGCCUCCUGUCCCCGAGCCUCCCACCACCUACUCUGCCAUCCCCGGACACCUACACAGCCCGAGCCCCAAACAGCAACGGGAACCGUCUCCCGCCACCAUCUACCACCAGCCUCCGUCCCAGAAGCUCAACUCCAGCCCUGCCCUGGCGGUGCAGCCCCCAGAGCUGAUCAGCCACGCCAAGUUGGUGGAGAGUCCCCCAGUACCGUGUUUCCCGGGCCCGCACACACAACGCAAGAUGUUACUGGACCCCACCACCGGGCAGUACUACCUGGUCGACACGCCCCUCCAACCAGCUCGCAAGCGGCUGUAUGACCCGGAGACCGGGCAGUAUGUGGAUGUGCCCAUUCCUCAGCAGCCCCUGGCACCAAUGUCUGUGCCCAUGUCUCCCAUUGCAAUCAACCCUGGCGCCUAUGGUACCACCUACAUGCUGUACCCGGGAUUUCUGCCCACGCCCGCUGUGCUGCCCCCUCUACAGAGCCAGCUGGCCCGGGCCGACAGCGAGUGCAAUGAGACUGUGAAGCCCCCCAGUGCGAUCAGCCAGCCUGGAGAAGCCCAAUACAUGGAAAGUCCUUAUUACUUCCCCACUGGCAAGUCCAUGAAUCCCACACACACCGUGACCUCUCAGCACAUCACCAGAGCCAGCAAAGGCUUCCCAGAAGGUAAACCAGUCAUCAGCAUCACCUCCCAACCUGGCCCGAGGAUCAUAGCUCCUCCAUCCUUUGACGGAACCACCAUGAGUUUUAUUGUGGAGCACAGAUGAACAGUCCUGGAUCACUGUGUGAGGAGAUGUGACUGAAGAAUGUCAUAUGAAGACUGCUUUAUAAUGCAAAACAACUUCUUAAAACUUCCUUAGGAUUUUCCUAUUCUCAAAUGUAGUUAUGUGUGUUUAAUAUAAAUUCUUUACUGUUCAAAGUAAUAAGCAACAUUUUUGGCAGCAUGUAUAAAUAUUUUAUGCCAGAGCAUUCAAUGCCUUUUAAUUUUAAUGACUGACGACACUAGAUGACUGUGCAUUUGCUCAUCAUUUUGAUAUUAAAGAUGAUAACUGGUUUGUCAUUGUAGUGAAACUUGUACAUGACAGCACUUUGAUGGUGGAAGAGUUGAUAGCAGUAAGUCACAGAUAAACUAAUAUUUGACUGUAAGGUAUUGAGGAAGAAUUUAGUGACCCUGUUUGAAUUUGUGCACGUUUGACACUUGUAGUGCCAGCGCAUUCAAGAUAAUAUUAUUCACAAACAAGUCCUAAUAAACUGUGACAUAGGUUAUUCAGUGAAGGAUAAUGUUACCAAGUGCAAGCAACUCCAUCUGUUACAUACCUCAAUUUAGAUUUAAUUAAAGGUUUAAGCUGCAACUGUCUUUUGUAUUAGGGCUGUGCAGAGCAAAAAAAAAAAAAUCUAAUCUACAGAAUAGUUUAUACCAGUUUUAGAUUUUAUGUUUUAUUUGAUUCAAACUUUCUGACUCUGGUAAGUCUAGAUGGCUGUUUCCUCACGAUUUUGUGACAAUUGCUAUGCUGGUGAUAGCGAUUUAGCCUGACACUACUUAUUUUUAAGCAAAGCAAAGACUUGGGUAAAGUCAAGCAGAUGUGGUUCCUCCGUAUUUGUUCUCUAACAAUUAGUUGACAUAAGCACAUCCAUUGGUUAACUAGUGCCAUAUGUAGCAUAGACAUGAAGGAAAUAGUGACCAUUACCUAGAAUGAUAACUUGUAGCUCUUUGCAUUUUAUUUCAUAGAGUCUGGCAUAAUAUCAGCCUUGUACACAUUGUACAAUUUUAUUAAUUGCUGUCCUAUCAUGGAGUCUCAGCCCCUGGGGGCGCAUUUUUAGAGUAUCCUUUAAAGUUAGCAAACAGGAAAUCUGGCAACACACACUUGCUAUUUCCAGAAGCACACCCCUUGGGUGCCUGACUCCUGGCGGAAAUAUAAACAUCAAACAUUUCAUCAUUGCACCCAGCUACCACCAAGCAGUCGGAUUCUGCACCCUAACAUCAGGAAUUCUAAAUGAUGCUUUCAACCAAAGUCAGGAGCAAAUAACAGGUAUAAUCUAGUCAGAGGUAACUUGGUAAUUUUACAGGACAGGAAUAUCUAGUCAUUUAGUUUUACUGGUGUGUGGUGAUGAUACUCUUUGGUUUGUUAUAGAAGGUCCUGGUGCAAUGUCAAUCCUGUUUACAUUUGCAACAAUUCUCAGGGUUUCUAGCAAGACCAUUUGCACUUCGAAACUACAGGCAGAGCUAAUCUGUUACUGAACCGCCAAAAAGAUAGAUUCGUACUUCUUUUUGAAAAUAAUACUUUAAAGAUAUUCAGUGAUCAGCGCUGUUCAUGUUUGGGGUAUGGACAGAAUUCUAAAGCAUUUCCCAUUGUGGUGUUAAUGGCAACUGCAGUGCAGCUGAGCUGAAAAGUAAUUUUUGGGAUGGGGCAGCAACUUGUAACACAUGCACCAGUUACAGUGCACGGUUUGUAUUAAAGUAAAAAAUUUUAUUAUUUCGUGUUAGAGCAGACUUCCCGACUCUCGAAAGGGGAGGACUCGUAGAAACCCUCAAUCACUUUUGCUGAUUAUUUUCAUUCAUUUUGUUUUGAGUGGACUUCUUAACAAAUGUUAGCAAGAAAUGCAGGUACUGUGUUGGAGGCACCAAAGUAGGGUGACAAUGCAUUUUUGAGAACUUUGGGCAAUUAUCUAGCAAACUUUCUAAUAGGUGAAAAUCUGAUCUAAAAAUAGCAAACAUCUGGUUAAAACAGAGGUUUAUUGGAAUGAAAAACCAGGAUAAAAGAGUUCAAGCUAUGCAGAGAGUCCAGAGAAACUCUGAUAAGUCUGUUCAAAAUUGAGGUAGUUGGCAGGAGAUUGGAUAGAGAUGUUCAAAAAUUGAAGGCAGUGGAUGCAGUAAUGAAUGAGUAUCAAUUUAUAUUGUAGAGUGAGUCAUUGUGAUCUGGGAAACACUGCUUGAAAGGAUGAUGGAAGCAGAUUCAAUAAUGAAUUUCAAAAGGGAAUAGGAAAUAUGGUUGGAAGGGGCUAUUUUGUGGGUCAGUGAGGGAUCAGAAGGGGGGUUGGGACUAAUUGGACAGGUCUUUCAAAGGGCAAAGAUAAUGAACCAAAUGACCUAUUGCAUCACAUCAUUGUUGGUUUGGAAAACUUCUGAUUGUUGAGAAUUUCACUGUCAGUGGAAAUUAGGAAAAUGAAGUCCUUGUGUAUAUAUGAACCUCAUGGAGCCUGCUCAAUAUCCCAAUAUCUUCAAAUGAACCACAUCGAUGAAGAGAAAUGAAUACAGUGCAGAAAUAUUUCAUUAUCCCCAGUUUUGUUUUUCUACAUAUGAGUUUGGACAACCUCAGAAGUGGUUACUCCCAAAUUGGAAGCAGGAUAGUUUCUGGCCCGGGGUUUGACAACAAUUCAAAAGUCUCAUUGUAACCAUCAAUAUGUGCAGCAUCGAAAAUAAAAGUGUUGCCGUAGAGGGUGUCAAUCAGAGGUCACAUUUAAGACACUUUAAGGGGGAAAUCCACUCAUGUUACAAAAAGAGAAUCUUUGUUUCAUCAUAAUCUGCAGGAAGUUUCGAGCAUGGUGUUUCUAAGAUUUCAAAUCCCUGACAAUGUAUUAAAUAGAAAGGAGGCAAGAUCUGCAGUAACUCAUGCCAUCACUGAUCUGGGAGCAGCUAGGGGUGAAUCUUAGUGGGGAAAAGGGUAUAACAUACACUCUCUCUUUCCUCAACACAUUCUCUGCCCCGGCUAAAAAAACACCAGCCUGAUGAACUCAAAGAUGGUGGUCUUGCCUUUUUGGACUACAGACCCAUUGAGCUAAGUCAGGGAUAAGGUAAAAUUAUAUUUCAUAUCCAUCUGAAUUCCUGCAAAUAAAAGGAUACAUUUUAAAAUGAAAAUGUAUUGCUGUAAUAUUUUUAAAACAGUGCUGUACCAGCAGGUGUUCCUGAAGGACCUGACUGCCAGGAGCUCUUCAGUUUCCAUUAGUUUGGGAAUCUAAACAACCUGAAUGUGUUCCUAACUCUUGGUGGAUGGAGAAAGGGAGAUGUUUCUGUAGCUUUCAGAUUGUGUGCAGCAAAUAUGGAAAAGACAACAGACAAAUUGGAGCCCUCCAUGCUUGAUUCUCCAACUAUCACUUUCAAACAGAGAAAACGAUGUGAGAUAUCUGUGAUAUUUUAUUUCCUUCUGAUUUACCCCCAGGGAACAGCACCAGAGAAAUCGUUCUGAGCCUGAAAUUAUUUUUGAAAGGAAAGCUGCCUGCACUGAACUAAUUAUUUUUAAAUCUUUAAUUCAUAGAUUGAUCCUAGAACUAAAGAUUUGUAACACAAUAGGGUAAUCAACUCUGAAGAAGUUGCAGUGUGCACUUUCAGUCUGGUAUCAAGUAUGUGUUCUGAAAUAUUAAGUAUAAGUCAGGGUUCACAAGCUGCUAAGGCUGCAACUUUGUUAAAAAAUACUAUUUGAUUUUCACAUGAGUCUUUAUUAUUUUCUCCUUUUCCACUGCCUUGGUUGGUACUGUGUUUUAUUUUAUUGACUAGAGGUCAGUUACUCAUUUACUGUCAAGUACAUGUCGAUGGCACUUUCCUGGGUAGGCCAUGCUAUAUACAUUGGCAUAAAGCAAAAUACUCUGAAACAAGCAAACACAAAAAUUGCUGGAAAAGCUCAGCAGGUCUGGCAGCAUCUAUGGAGAGAGAAACAGUGUUAACGUUUCAA